UUGGAUCUGUCAAACUGUAAGGAUGGUGAAGAAAUCCGCCAACGGGGAAGUUUAUCUCCCUCCGGCUGGGGAAAAGAAACCGAAAGUCGGCUUUGUGGGUCUGGACCCCGGGGCUGCGGAGACCAGCCGAGACGGGGCACUUCUCAUCGCCGGUUCCGAAAGCACAAAACGGGGCAGCAUCCUGUGCAGACCGCGGUCCAGCAUCUCCAGAGGGAGCAUCGCUCACAAGAGAAACGCGCGUUAUCGCAGACUGCAAAAUUUCCUGUAUAAUGCUCUGGAGCGACCCCGCGGCUGGGCGUUCAUUUACCACGCUUAUGUGUUUGUGCUGGUGUUUUCCUGCCUGGUUCUGUCUGUGUUCGCAACAAUCAAAGAGUACAAGAAGAGCUCCGAGAGCGCCUUGUACAUCCUGGAAAUUGUGACAAUCGUGGUGUUUGGUGUGGAAUAUAUUGUGCGUAUCUGGGCUGCCGGCUGCUGCUGUCGCUACAGAGGAUGGAGAGGAAGGCUGAGAUUUGCUCGCAAACCCUUCUGUAUCAUCGAUAUCAUGGUGCUUUUCGCCUCGGUGUCUGUCCUGGCCGCUGGCUCACAGGGGAAUGUUUUUGCCACCUCGGCCAUAAGGAGUCUGAGGUUUCUCCAGAUCCUCCGAAUGCUGCGAAUGGACCGGCGCGGUGGCACAUGGAAGCUCCUGGGAUCAGUCGUCUAUGCGCACAGCAAGGAGCUGAUUACGGCAUGGUAUAUCGGAUUCCUUUGCCUCAUCCUGGCAUCUUUCUUGGUGUACUCUGUGGAGAAGGAUGACAAUGCAGAGAUGUUCGAGACCUACGCAGACGCCCUCUGGUGGGGACUGGUGACUCUUACAACUAUUGGCUAUGGGGACAAAUUUCCUGUCACGUGGAAUGGUCGUCUAAUUGCUGCCACUUUCAGUCUGAUUGGGGUGGCUUUUUUUGCUCUUCCUGCGGGUAUCCUGGGCUCAGGGUUUGCUCUGAAGGUUCAAGAGCAGCACAGACAGAAGCAUUUCGAGAAGCGUCGUAACCCCGCUGCAGGUCUUAUCCAGGUCAUACUCAAAACUUUUCUGUGAUUCACACCAGACUUUUUGAGUAAAUCAACAUUUCGAGGUUGAUCUGGAGUUUAUAAAUGUUAAUGUAUGUCGCUUUUUUUAGGUCUUGUUAACACUUGGUAUUAAGACGCAUUUUAGUUUUUGUAACAAAUGCAGACGAAGCUGUGACAAUGUCAUAAAUAAAAUAAAUAAAUAAAAUUGUGAUUAAGUUCA